CGAUUGACGCGACGCGACGCGACGCGACAGACGCAGGGAUCAUGGACGCUCCGCAGCGCGCCGCCCCUCUCUGAGCUCUUUUCUGUCCUCACGCCCGCGGUGCUGAAAUCAGCCUCGACCCGACAGCAAUGUAACGGCAAUGAGACAAAGACACCGGCAGCCCGACUAACACACCGAUAAUGGACGAUGAUUUGUUUCAGUUAAGACAGCUCCCAGUGGUGAAAUUUCGGCGUACAGGUGAGAGCACUCGCUCAGAGGAUGAGUGUGGCGGAAGGGAAGAGGCUUUGCAGGUGGAGGGAAGACGGACAGAUAUGGAGUCUGUUUCCCUGGCAGAUGCUGCUCCGGUGCCUCGGGAAUUUGCCAACCCAACUGAUGAUACCUUUAUGGUUGAGGAUGCAGUGGAAGCCAUUGGCUUUGGAAUGUUCCAGUGGAAACUGUCCAUCCUGACUGGACUUUCCUGGAUGGCCGAUGCCAUGGAGAUGAUGAUUCUCAGUAUAUUGGCCCCUCAGCUGCACUGUGAGUGGGCACUGCCCAGCUGGGAGGUGGCACUGCUAACUUCGGUAGUAUUUAUUGGAAUGAUGAUCAGUUCUUCAUUAUGGGGAAACAUAUCUGAUAAAUAUGGGAGAAAAACAGGUUUGAAGAUGAGUGUAUUAUGGACUCUGUUUUACGGCCUCCUCAGUGCGUUUGCACCUAUAUACGGAUGGAUCCUGUUCCUCAGAGCUCUGGUGGGCUUCGGCAUCGGAGGGGCUCCACAAUCAGUAACAUUGUAUGCUGAGUUUCUCCCCAUGCGGUCCAGAGCUACUUGCAUUCUGUUGAUUGAGAUAUUCUGGGCUUUGGGUACAGUGUUUGAAGUGAUGCUGGCUAUUUUGGUGAUGCCUACUUUGGGCUGGCGCUGGCUGCUGGCCCUCUCCACCAUUCCACUCUUCAUUUUUGCUUUUCUUUGCUUUUGGCUGCCGGAGAGCGCUCGUUACGACGUCCUGACAGGAAACCAGGAGAAGGCUUUAAACACACUCAAACGCAUUGCAACAGAGAAUAAUGUCCCCAUGCCGCUGGGAAAACUCAUAGUGGCCAGACAGGAGGACAGGGGGAAAAUUCAAGAUCUUUUCUCUCCACACUUCCGCUGGACCACUAUUCUGCUCUGGUUCAUAUGGUUCUCUAAUGCAUUCUCAUAUUAUGGUGUGGUUUUGCUGACGACUGAGCUUUUCCAGGAGGGAGGUGCCUGUGGUAGGACGAAGGGCAGUAAAAUGGAGCCAAGUUGCAGCUUGGAGUGCAAAUAUCUGAAUUCAGAUGAUUACAAAGACCUUCUGUGGACCACACUUUCUGAGUUUCCUGGCCUGCUGGUGACCCUGUGGGCGAUUGAUCGAUUAGGGAGGAGGAUGACUAUGGCGUUGUGUUUCUUUGUCUUCUCCCUCUGCAUUGUGCCGCUCUACGGCUGUGUGGGAAGGACGUCUUUGACAGUAUUUAUUUUCAUCGCAAGGGCUUUUAUCGCUGGAGGUUUCCAGGCUGCAUACGUGUACACCCCUGAGGUGUAUCCCACAGCCACGAGGGCACUGGGUUUGGGCACCAGUAGUGGGAUGGCUCGGGUUGGAGCUCUCAUCACACCAUUUGUGGCACAGGUGAUGCUGGAGUCAUCUGUGUACCUGACUCUGUCGGUGUACUGUAGCUGCUGCUUGCUGGCUGCUAUCGCUUCCUGUGCCCUGCCCAUAGAGACCACAGGACGAGGCCUCCAGGAGUCCAGUCACAGAGAGUGGGGUCAGGAGAUGAUGGGACGGGCCUCAGACCACAGCCCUGGAGGGAUUCCACGUUCCAGCUCCGGAUCACAGGACUGAGAAACACCACAGAUAGGUCUGGAAAGACUUUGUAGAAGAAAUUGGGAAUAUUUUCUUUAAAAACAAAAAAAACAAGCAAUGUGUGUCCACAAAGGAAAUGCAUUUUAAAAACUCAUGGUUUUGAUUUAAAUCUGUCCAUUAAUGACACAUUCCUUCACCAAAGGUUGCAGGGUUCCUUUUUAUGAACCUCCAAACCAGAGAAAAUGGAUAUCGCAUAUUGCAUAAUACUCCCCUUUGGCCCUAAGGAACUACAACAGGAAAUGGGUUGAAAAUCGAUCUAAAACAUGACAAACUGCAUUAUGCAGUUUAACACAUAAAAUCACUCUCAUGUUCAGAGGAGCAACGAAAGAUUGAACCUGAAGUCAUGAAGUUUUAAGAUAGCACAAGACAAUGUACGAUUGUGACAGGUUUGGUAUGACAGGAAGUAGAAAGAUGAUUUGUUUAAUUUUUUAAGAGGGCUUUACACUCCAGUAUUCCUUUGAAAAAAACUUUUAUCUCUUCACUGAAGAGAAAAGAUGAGAUUCUGCCUGCUGUUAAUCACACAUUGCACCAGUUUGUGGUCGGUUAUCUUGCUUUUUUCAACCAUUUACCAUACUUUAAGCUGGUUCAAUGUUAUCCAUUCACAGUUUUAGACUUUCGCUGACACUAGUGAUGUAUUAAGUGGACACCAAAGUCUUCUUUUCACACUGCUCAGCAUUUGAGAUCACUACUCUUCAUCCUCUCAUCACUGCAAUCACUCAUGUGAAGUGUAUAAACUCCAGUUGAUCCCUUCUAAUCAGGCAUAUCAAAGGUUAUUGGAUUCUUAUGAUCUUAAAAUACAGCUCAAUAACAAUAAAACAACAGCAAGUGGCUUUCAUCAGAACAGGCAUUUAUUUUAAUAUUGUCUAUUCUAGCACAUCAGGCUCCAAGCACAUUUUUCAAACAACAGCUUGCAUCAAAACACACUUUGUUUAUUCAGCUCGACUGCUCAAUGCUAUAUUUGGUUAAUUGUAUUUCUGUACAGUGGGUGUGUGUGUGGCAUGAUGGGAAGUGUGCAGUUGUUCCUGUGAGCGCAGAGAGUUGCCUCUGCCUUUUGUUUUGUGUCUGUGUGCAAAGAUCUCUUGCCACUGCACUGGAUGUUACUUGUAAGAU